CAGAGUCUCUGUCCAUGAAAAUGAUAAUGCUGGAUGUCCCAUCACCUACUAGAGUAGGCCAGGCUGUAGAGCUGGUAUGUAACUACGACUUGGAGGGAGAAACUCUGUAUUCAGUGAAAUGGUACAAGAACGGAAUAGAGUUUUACAGGUUUGUUCCUAACGACUGGCCUCCAGGACAGUUUCUCACGCUUCCAGGAAUUCAUGUAGACCUUUCUAGGUCCAACAGACAGACUGUUUAUUUACGACAAGUAGAUCUGGACACCGCAGGAGUUUACAGGUGCGAAGUUUCCGCUGAAGCCCCGAUGUUUGACACGGUAUCUGCCAAGAAGGAAAUGAAGGUAUUCGCUCUACCAUCAGAAGCACCUAGGAUAUCGGGAAAGAAAGGAAAGUACAGGAUUGGAGAUACCGUUUCUGUGAACUGUACCUCGGCAAAGUCGAGACCCGCCGCCAGUUUACGAUGGUACAUCAACGACCAACAGGUUGGCCCCGAGUAUGAAACUUCCCAUUCCGCCAUACUCAAUGCUGACGGUUUAGAAAGUUCAAGCUUAAGUCUUCGUUUUGUGGUUAAAGAGCAUCACUUUGUUAACAGAAACAUGAGACUCCGGUGCUCGGCUACGAUUCCAAGGGUGUAUACCAUGAGUGACGAAGAACUUGUGGUUGGUGGUCAGUUACAACACGCCUCCGAACUUCUCCGUAUUAGUGAAAAUGUCAGUAAAGUUUCCAUGAUUAUCUAUGACUUCUUUCCAUCUACUUACAAUCUUUUUAAUCCCACUACUAAAAAACUCUUUCGGUUUCGAAGAGAAGAACUCUGA